AGUGGCAACACCAUCACUGUAUUUUUGCAGAAUAUUAAUCUACAAACCAAAUCAGAAAUCAGAUAUUAAGUCAAAAUGUCGUUUUAUGUAAAUACGGGGAGACUAUUAGCAAGACAAAUUCUGCAUUCACGCCGGCAUAAUGUUCUCAUGGUAAAUCAAUACAGGACGAAAACCUCGACUCCAAUCAACACCAUCAUAAUGUUCGUUCCGCAACAGGAGGCAUGGAUUGUGGAACGUAUGGGCCGGUUUCAUCGUAUUCUGGAGCCGGGUCUUAAUGUCCUACUGCCAAUUGUAGACAAAAUAAAGUACGUGCAAAGUUUGAAGGAAAUUGCCAUUGAUGUUCCAAAACAAAGUGCCAUCACUUCGGACAAUGUCACUCUCAGCAUAGACGGUGUGUUGUACUUACGGAUUAUUGACCCGUAUCGCGCUUCGUAUGGCGUUGAAGAUCCGGAGUUUGCCAUUACUCAGUUGGCUCAAACAACAAUGCGUUCAGAAUUGGGCAAAAUGUCUCUAGAUAAAGUCUUUCGGGAGAGAGAAUCGCUUAAUGUAAGCAUUGUCGAUUCGAUAAACAAAGCUAGUGAAGCUUGGGGCAUUGCGUGCUUGCGUUAUGAAAUUCGUGAUAUUCGACUUCCUUCGAGAGUACACGAAGCUAUGCAAAUGCAAGUUGAAGCAGAGCGUAGAAAGCGUGCUGCUAUUUUAGAAUCUGAAGGUAGGCGAGAAGCUGAGAUAAACAUCGCUGAAGGUAAACGUCAAUCGAGGAUAUUGGCUUCAGAAGCCGACCGACAGGAACAAAUUAAUAAAGCUAGUGGUGAAGCAGCGGCUAUGCUGGCUGUAGCCGAUGCAAGGGCACGUGGUCUUUUGACGCUUUCGAAAGCACUGAAUGAUAUGAACGGAAAGAAUGCUGCUUCCCUAACUUUAGCUGAACAAUACAUUUCCGCCUUCAAGCAUUUAGCCAAAACCAAUAAUACUUUAAUACUUCCUGCGAACACCGGUGAUAUUUCUUCGUUUGUUGCCCAAGCUCUAAGCGUUUACAAAAAUGUAUCUACACACAACUUGGACUCGCAGGUUCCCAACAACAACAACGAGUUCGGACUGAAUACAAAUGUAGUAAACGAAGAUGAUGACCUUUCUGACCCGAAAGAACGAAAGAAACUACAAGCUACAAACGUAUCAAAAAUAGAUAUUGAAUAAUAAGUAA